ACUGGAGAGAAACCUUAUGAAUGUAAUCAAUGUGGGAAAGCCUUUUCCUGUCACAGUAGUCUCAGAUAUCAUAAAAAAACCCAUACUGGAGAAAAACCUUAUAAAUGUAAUCAAUGUGGUAAAGCCUUUGCAACACCCAGUCAUCUCCAAUGUCAUAAAAGAACCCAUACUGGAGAAAAACCUUAUAAAUGUAAUCAAUGUGGUAAAGCCUUUGCAACACUCAGUCAUCUCCAAUGUCAUAAAAGAACCCAUACUGGAGAGAAACCUUAUGAAUGUAAUCAAUGUGGUAAAGCCUUUUCCUCUCACAGUAAUCUCAAAUAUCAUAAAAGAACCCAUACUGGAGCAAAACCUUAUGAAUGUAAUCAAUGUGGUAAAGCCUUUGCAAGAUCUACUACUCUUCAAUUUCAUAAAAGAACCCAUACUGGAGAGAAACCUUAUGAAUGUAAUCAAUGUGGUAAAGCCUUUUCCCAUCAAAGUAGUCUCAGAAAUCAUAAAAGAACCCAUACUGGAGAGAAACCUUAUGAAUGUAAUCAAUGUGGUAAAGCC